AUGAUCAUCCAGCGGUUGGAUACUGGAUAUCCUCUCGCACAGCUCCGGGCUGGAAUAAACAAGACAAUUCUGUGGUAUGUGCUUCUCCGUCCAAGAACAGGUUUUAUAAUGCGUCAUUCUGAAGAUGUCAUGCACAGUUUCGAUUCUGUACUGUUGUUUCAGUUCUAUACAAGUCCCUUGGCCGUGAUGGUUGUGAUGUUUUGGCGCUUGUUGGUUUUGGGUUGCUUACUCGUGUGUUACGCAGAGUGCAAUGGAGGCAAGCGGCUGAUGUGCUACUUCUCGAGCGAUUCACCCAAAACGAAGGGCUACGGAAGAUACACAGCGAACGAGAUUCCCGUGGAACUUUGCAGUGAUGUGAUCUACCGUGGUGUAACGUUUCCCGAAUGGAAAAGUGGCUCGUAUUUAUUUAACAAUGAAGAAAUACAACGACUGGGUGCGUACAUGUACACAAUCAAGGCUAGAUCGGCGACAGUUCGCAACCACAUUUCAACGGUGGAACGAGGCAAAGAAGCGCUCUCGUACUCGAUCAUGGCCGAAAUUCCUGAGCGGCGCCGUGCAUUCGUGAAGGCCGUGCUGGAGCUGUUGGAGCAGUACGGACUGGACGGUAUGGAGAUCGCCUGGGAGUGGCCAGGAACGCAGGUGAAAUUUGGUGGCAUCUCCAGUGAUCGUGAGUCACUGAUAUCGUUGCUGACGGAUGUACGAGCGGGACUCAAAAGUCGUAACAAGGAACUUUUGUUCUUCGGAGCCGUCUAUCCGAAGGUACUGAGGGAGUCCUAUCGAGUUACCACCAUCUGCCAGUUGGUGGACUUUGUGACACUGUUCACGUUCGAUAUGCGUCCACACACGAAUAACGUGGCCGAUGUGCAUGCUCCAAUGCGCAACCGAUCCUUCGAGACGGAGUCAAACCGUGCAAGGACGAAUAUUGUCGACGGUGUAGAAACAUGGAUCGAUUUUGGAUGUGCUCCAAAAAAGAUGAUCUUAGGGUUGGGAUUGUUUGGACAAGCGUACACACUAGCCAAUCCAGCGAUUUAUAACGUGGGUGCUCCAACUGUUGGCCCGGGAGCGGAAGGACAAUACUAUUAUGAGGGCUACUAUCCUUACUAUGAGCUUUGUCUUUUGAUACGCAGCGGUUGGAGCAUAUUUUAUGAUCCCAUCGGUCAGAUGCCUUUCGCCGUUCGUGGCAAUCAGUGGAUGAGCUACGAAGACACGAACUCCAUUGGAGUGAAGCUGAACUUCGUGCAGGAGAAGCGACUAGGAGGCGUCAUCCUUCAGUACGUGGAUUAUGAUGAUUUUUGGGGAUUCUGUGGGUCGCGCAAUCCACUUACCACCUACAUCUAUCAGCGAUUGAAGCAAAUCCCUUCGGAUAUAGGAUUUGCUAUUGAAUGGAACAAGUAG